AUGGCAUCCACCUGCGCCGGGCCCAACCGCGGCCCCACCACCUCCUACAACACCCCGCUCCACGUCGCAGCCCUCUUCAUCAUCCUCCUCGUCUCCACCCUCGCCUGCGCCUUCCCGCUCCUCACCCUCGCCCUGAACAACCGCAAGGCCGCGCGGUCUUCCUCCACUACUACUACCGCUACUGCUCGCCCCCCCAAUCGCCGCCGGCGCCUGACCUCCUUCCUCUUCUGCGCCCGCCACUUCGGCACGGGCGUGCUGCUCGCGACGGCCUUCGUGCACCUGCUGCCGACGGCCUUCACGUCGCUCGGCGACCCCUGCCUGUCCAACUUCUGGACCGAGGACUACCAGGCCAUGCCCGGCGCGAUAUGCUUGCUGGCGAUUUUCUUCAUUGCGACGGUCGAGAUGGUGUUUUCGCCUGGCGGCCACAUGCAUGGGCACAAGGAGGAAGGGGGGCAGGUUUUGGGUGGGGGGUUGGAGAGGAUGGGGAGUCGGGGGAGUAGCGUGGUUGGCGAUGGGGAGGAGGAGGUGGAAGAGGAAGUGAGAGGGCAGAGGGGGUCGGCGGAGGGAGCGGGAGGGGAGGGACUGCAUUUGCGCCAUUUGGGGCCGUGGAAUGGAAGGUCGAACAGUGUCGGUCGCAGGCUGACGGAUAUGGGCGAGAGGCGGGAUCAAGACGCAGCAACGGAGACGCGGAGGAUGGCGGAAGAAGAGAUGCGGGAGAGCCAGCACGAGCCGCUGAAAGGCGUCGUGCCGUUGACGCCAGAGCAGGAGCAUAAGAAGGCAUUGCUGCAGUGCAUGCUGCUUGAGAUGGGGAUUUUGUUUCACAGCAUCUUCAUUGGUAUGGCGUUGAGCGUGUCGAUUGGGAAGGAGUUUAUCAUCCUUCUGAUUGCCAUCGCAUUUCACCAAACAUUUGAGGGCCUCGCGUUAGGGUCUAGGAUUGCGGCGUUGAAAUGGAAGCCGAACGCCAUCCAGCCUUGGAUGAUGUCUUUGGCUUAUGGUUGCACAACACCGGUCGGGCAAGCCAUUGGCCUGGGACUUCACACACUUUACAGCCCCGACUCGGAGGUCGGUCUCCUAGUUGUUGGAAUCAUGAAUGCAAUCUCUGCUGGUCUGUUGGUAUAUGCAUCGCUCGUGGAGCUGAUGGCCGAGGAUUUUCUUAGUGAUGAGAGCUGGCGCGUUCUGCGGGGCAAGCGCAGGGUUUAUGCAUGCUUACUCGUGUUUUUGGGCGCUAUUGGGAUGAGUUUGGUGGGGGCGUGGGCAUAA